UUUACAGUUAAACGUUAUGUUGAUAAAGUCGAUGACAGAUAUCUAUGCUUUGUGAUGAGAAUCCGACCAAUCAGAAAGAAGUAUAUAUUUAGCCUGAUUCUUCUAGCUUUGUUUUCACUUAUACUGGUCAUACAGCAGUUACCAAGCAUUGAAAGCGAAAAUAGGAAUUCUGACAUAUUUGACAUUCAACAAAAACUUUUUACCACUUACGGUUCUCUUAAAACAACAAGAGACUUAAUUCAAAAAAGAGAUACUGAACGUGUACCCAAAAUAUUGCAAGAAGUAAAAUCUAACAAGUCUGCAUCAAUAGUAAAAGUCAAACAACGAGGACUAUCGCAAGGAAUAAUCAAACGUGGUGGGCGACGUUUUAUUAGAUCCGGUGGUUCACUAAGUUUAGAUUUAAGAAGACAGCCCGCCAUUUUCGCUGACGAACUAGAUCCAACAAAAGAUUGGUGGAAGGCAUUUAUAGAACUUGCAGAUGAUCUGAAAGCUGUUCAAAAGGAUUUUCGCUGUUCUUAUAUGCAGCCACGUGGUAACUGGUGGGAUUGCAACUCAUAUCCAUAUAAAAUAUUUGUAAAUAGACCGUGCUUAGUUUAUUCUUUUGGAAUUGGAAACGACUUUCGGUUUGACGAUGCAAUGGCAACACUUGGAUGUGAGGUUCAUUCGUUUGAUCCAAGUAUGAAUGUUAGUGAACAUACAAGAGAAAGUGGUGUAGUUUUUCACACGUUUGGAAUAGGAAGUCAUAACGAUGAUUUAUUUACUCCGAGGACAGACGAAUUUACAAGAAAAGAACAAAAAAGCACAUGGGAGCUUAAAAAACUGUCAACAAUCCUUUCAAACCUGGAUCAUCAAAAUAUGACUCUAGACAUUCUUAAACUGGACAUUGAAGGUAAUGAGUGGGAUGUAUUAGAAAACAUUAUACAGGAAGAUCUUCUUUUCAAGAUAAAGCAAUUAGAGGUCGAAUACCACAUUUUCCCAGAUUUCCCAAAGAGAGAGAGAAGUACGUAAAUCUGCUUAACACUUACCAGUCUUUGUGGAAGCUUAAUUUCAGACGAUAUUACAAAUUCGUCAAUCAUUUUACAACGAAGGAAAAUAUUGCACAUUUGCAAACAAAUGUCGCAUACGUUAAUGGCUAUUAAACAACUGAUUGUUACUUCACUACACAUCUCUUAUGAAGGCUUGAGAUGAGCUGUCUAAUUCAGUUUGGUAGAUUUCAGACAUAUUAAACAGGUACAAAAUGUAUUUGAGUGGAAUCAGUUAACUACAUCUUGAGAUCUGUAGAUUUACUUUAAAAUUAAAUGAUUGAGUAGAAUAGAAAUGCGUAGACAUUAAGUACAUUCGGUCAGACAUUAUUAAGAUUAUAGUUUCACUGUAGUUACAUUGUAAAGAAAAACAAAAAAUGGUAAGAUGCCUAUGAAAAUUGGAUAGCAGAGAAAAAUGUGGUCGUUACUAUAGAAACUAUUCUGACUAUCCACUUCUAGUGUAAUUUUACUUCAACAGAUGCUCAUUUCGACAAUUAAUGUCUUUUCAGUAAUGCUUGAGGCCAAAAUAUAAAACAAUCCAAAAGGUAGUUCAAACAUUGAAAAGCUGAGCAAACCAAAAAGGACCUAAAGUAUAGGCUAAUCCGAUAGGAAUCAGAGCCUUGCAUGAGGAAUUUGUUAAAACUACUAAAAAAACUACUGUUUUAUUAUAUAUGAUAAGCAUGAGUGUGAUUAUUCUGCUCAUCCUUGGUGCCAUAUUUGCAAAUAAAAAUAUUUGUUUCGUAAAAA